AUGGCACUGAGUGUCCAUGAAGCUUCGUCCUCAAACUCUUCUAACUACUAUCCAACACCAAAGAAAUUUGAUGUUUUCUUGAGUUUUAGAGGUGAAGACACUCGUAAAAACUUCAUAAGCCACUUGUUUCCUGCAUUAUGUGAUAAAGGAUUCAGAGUUUUUAAGGAUGAUGAAGAGAUUAAGAGAGGAGAAGUCAUUUCAAAAGAACUCCUACAAGCAAUUGAGGACUCUCAUUUUGCAGUUGUUGUUCUCUCAAAAAAUUAUGCCUCUUCUUCAUGGUGCUUAAAGGAGCUCCGACAUAUUAUGCAUUCAAAAAAAGAAUUUUGUCUACAAGUUUUUCCCAUUUUUUUAGGUGUAGAUCCUUCUGAUGUAAGGCGUCAAAGUGGAAGUUUUGCUGAAGCUUUUGCCGAGCAUCAAAUGCUUCAAAGGAACCACGAGGAGAUGGAAAGUUGGAAAGAUUCCCUUAAAGAAGUUGCUGGCUUAUCUGGUUGGGAUUCCAAGGAUAUGGAUGAAGGAGAACUUGUCAAAACGGUGGUUGAGGAGUUAUGGACCAAAUUACGUGAAAGAUUGCCACCUUGUUCGAAUGAUGUUCGGUUUGUAGGAAUUUGGGGCUUAGGGGGUGUGGGUAAGACAACAAUCGCAAGGGAGGUUUUUGAUAGAUAUCGUUGCCAAUUUGAUGUUAGUUGCUUUCUCGCCAAUGUUAGGACAACUUCAGAAAGAGAUGGCGAGGUUGAGUUACAAAGAAAACUUCUUUCACGUCUCAAAAUUAAAAACAAGGAAAUUGAAGACGUGUAUAAAGGAAAGGAAAUAAUCCAAAACCAUUUUCACAGCAGAAAGGUUCUACUUAUCCUUGAUGAUGUUAGUCAUGAAACCCAUUUGCAAAAUUUAGCAGGCAGCCCGAUUUGGUUCGGCAAUGGGAGUAGGGUGAUCAUAACAACUCGAGAUUCGCACUUGUUGACAUUUCAUGGAGUGCGUGUGGUAUUUGAGGUUAAAACGAUGAACCCAAAUGAAUCUCUUCAACUCUUUUGUCAGAAAGCAUUUGGGGGAGAUGAACCUCCAGAGAGUUUUUUGAAGCUGUCUAACGCUGUUUGUGAUUAUGCUGGAGGGCUUCCUUUAGCUCUCAGUGUCUUGGGUUCCUUAUUAUAUGGAAGAAGUGUGUCUGAAUGGAAAGAUGCUUUGGAUAUGUUGAAGAAAGACCCACAUAAAGAUAUUUUCAAUGUACUCAGAAUAAGUUUUGAUGCAUUAAGCAAUACCGAACAGACAAUAUUCUUAGAUAUUGCUUGUUUUUUUAAUGGCUUGAGAAAAAAUGUAGUAACACAAAUAUUGACAAAUUGCGGUCUUAAUUCAACAUUUGGGAUAACAUCUCUUCAUCAGAAGUCUUUGCUAAGGGAUUAUGACAAUCAUCUAGUGAUGCACGAUUUGCUAGAACAAAUGGGCAGGAGAAUUGUUGCUGAGAAAUCUCUUAAUGAAGGUGUUGGAAAUCGAAGCAGAUUGUGGUCCAAGGAAGAUAUUGAUCUAGUACUGGAAAACAAUUGGGGCACAAAAGAAAUACAAGGCAUGGUUUCGCCCACAUCUUGUGAGGCCUGCUGGGAUCCUGAAGCCUUUUCAAGUUUGCUUAACCUCAGACUCUUCAUCGUCUCACAUGUCAACAUUCCCCAUGGUCUUAAAUGCCUUCCUAGAGCUUUGAAAGUUCUUCACUGGACAAAAUAUCCCUUAGACACUCUUUCCCAUGGAGCCCGACUGGAUAAUCUUGUUGAUCUUAAAAUGCGUCAUAGCCAAUUAAAGAAACUUUGGAGUGAAAGCCCGCGCUUGGAGAAGCUAGAGUUUCUGGACUUGAGUCAUUCCAAAUUCUUAAUUAAGAUUCCUAACUUCUCUGAGCUGCCAAAGCUGGUGAAAUUAGAGCUUGAAGGUUGUGAAGAUGUCGUUGAGAUUCAUCCUUCACUUGGACAACACAAAGAGCUUCAAGUGUUGAACUUGAAAGCUUGCAAAAAUCUCAAGACCCUUCCAAGAAAAUUGGAAAUGACUUCUCUAAAGGAGCUUGAUCUUUAUGGGUGCAUGAAAGUUAAAAAACUCCCAGAGUUCGGGGAAAAUAUGAAACACCUAGUGAUGCUUGAUGCUGGAGAGACAAGUUUAGUCAAACUUCCUGAGUCACUUGGAUUAUUGACUGGUCUGAGAACAUUGAAACUAAGGGGCUGUAGAAAUCUUGUUUGCCUUCCUCAGAGCAUUCACAAUUUGAAACGUCUUGUACUUCUUGAUAUUUCUGGCUGCUUAAAAUUUUCUAAAUUGCCAGAAAAACUGAAUGAAAUUGAAUCCUUGGAGGAGCUUGAAGCAAGUGAAAUUGAUAUAGGAGAAGUACCUAGUUCUAUUGGUGGUCUAGAAAAUCUCAAGACAAUAUCAUUUCGUGGGUGCGAAAGGCCAAAGUCGACCUCUCGGAGCCUGAUUCUGCUGUUGAAACACAUGUUUUGGAGGCAUUCAAUUCACGAGGGCUUAAUAUUGCCUAGUUCAAUGUUCAAAAUGAAAUCACUAAAAAAAUUAGAUUUAAGCAACCGUGGUAUGGUUGAUGGAUCCAUUCCGGGUGACUGGAGCGGCUUACCAUCACUGGAGAGAUUAGAUCUAAGCGGAAACAAGUUUGUGAACCUACCUGAUGGCUGCAUUUCUAAUCUUUUGAAUCUACAAUUUCUUUGUUUGAAUUCCUGUUCAAAACUCAAGUCGUUGCCACAGUGUGGACCAACGUUAAACGCAAUGGAUGCCGGAGAAUGUGCUUCAUUGGAAACAAUCUCAGGCGAACAAUUAUUACACCUCUUUGCUUCAAUUGAUGAACAGGUGGAAUGGCCGAGGAGAAGGGAAACAUUUGGGGUGACUAUUCCAGGGAGUGAAAUACCAUCAUGGUUUGAGAAUCAGAAUGAUGUUUUUCUGGACAAGAGAGGUGAAGCUGUAGUGAUGGUAGAGAUGCCUCCACGUGAAGAAUUUUUAGGAAUGGGUCGCGUGGUCUUGCUUCCAGGAAGCUGGCGUGAAUUUGAGAAAGAAAUAAAAUCUGGUCACCUUUGGAUCGUGUUUUGGAAACAAAGAGAGGAACUCAGUCAUCGACUGCAAUUAAGCAAGUACAGCCAGAUUCCCCUGAGAUUUGAGAUCGAUGGUAGCAAGCCAUAUCCACGAGCUCCGAUAAAGUGUGGAUGGCGUGUCAUAUGCAAAGGUGAUUAUGAAAAUAGUGGCAACUCAAUAGUGCCAAUAUUGGAACAACACAGGGAUGAAGGUGUUCGUACCCCAAUGCCCCACAGACGGUUCAGUUCCAAUUUUCAGUUUGCUCCUGCUGCCGCUGCACCACCAAGGAAUGCCCCUUGGCGGCAAUUUUUAUGGUGGCUCUUGCUAGAUCUUUACGAUGGCGGUAUAUGGGCUGCUAGCGAAAGGUAUCUCUUAGACCAUCGGGUGAUAUCUCAUGGUGCAAGCUUGCCAUCUCAUUUUCUUCUUCCUCUGGUUAUGUUUGUUUCGCCGGCGUCCAUGGUGGUUUUUAUUACUUUGGGUCUCACUCUUGAUAGAUGGUUUUCAACUUCUUUGGUUGCUUCCUUAAAAGGGGUGGGACCUUUGGGUGGUUCUUUGAACCCGUACCCUUUAUGGUUCAUUUUUCUAUUGGUGUCUUUUCUUUCUAAUGGAUUUCAGUGUGGUAAUGGCACUUCUAGUAGCGGCGAUGAUGACGAUGAUGGUGACAGCGACUGA